UUUGGGAUGAAGACCCCGAAGAGGUAGGGACAAAAAUUUGAAACAGGGACAAAAAUUUGAAACGAAAAAGUUGGGCAGCUGCACUGGGAUUUGAAUUUGAAAUUAUAGCAAGCGAAGCAAAGCAAAGUAGUACAGUAAAAAGCUACAGAAUCGGGCCUCCGAAUUGAAACGGACCCCCAGAUUGAACUGCAAAAACGGUGGCGGCGUAUUAAUUACAGUCCAAACAGAGUCAAAUUCUUCUCCGUACAGAUCCCACCAAUCGACAUGGAGAAUCUGAUAUCUCUAGUGAACAGAUUACAAAGAGCUUGUACUGCUCUCGGCGAUUACGGCGAAGAAAGCGCGUUGCCUACUCUCUGGGACGCGUUACCUUCAAUCGCCGUCGUCGGUGGCCAGAGUUCUGGAAAGUCUUCUGUUCUGGAGAGUGUUGUUGGAAAGGACUUUCUUCCUCGUGGAUCUGGAAUUGUCACCCGGCGUCCUCUUGUCCUACAGCUGCACAGACUUGAAGAAGGAAGAGAAUAUGCGGAAUUUGCACACCAGCCCAAAAGGAAAUACACCGAUUUUGCUGCUGUUAGGAAGGAGAUUUCUGACGAGACUGAUCGAGAGACUGGAAGAUCUAAAGCUAUAUCUACUGUACCGAUAUAUCUCAGCAUCUAUUCGCCCAAUGUUGUAAACUUGACAUUGAUCGACCUUCCCGGGCUUACAAAGGUAGCUAUUGAUGGCCAAGCUGAGAGUAUAGUGCAGGAAAUUGAGAACAUGGUUCGCUCAUAUAUUGAGAAGCCCAACUGUAUCAUUCUAGCAGUUUCUCCUGCUAACCAAGAUCUUGCUACCUCUGAUGCAAUCAAAAUGUCUCGUGAAGUAGAUCCCAAAGGGGAGAGAACAUUUGGUGUUUUGACAAAGGUUGAUCUAAUGGACAAGGGUACUGAUGCAGUGGAGAUCUUGGAAGGAAAAUCAUAUAAGCUACAGUUUCCUUGGAUUGGUGUUGUUAAUCGAUCUCAAGCUGAUAUUAAUAAAAGUGUCGACAUGAUUGCUGCUCGCCGGAAAGAACGCGAGUAUUUUGCUAAUUCCCCAGAAUACAGACAUCUUGCGCACAGGAUGGGCUCUGAACAUCUAGGAAAAGUGCUUUCUAAGCAUUUGGAAGCUGUCAUCAAGUCCCGAAUACCAGGUCUCCAGUCUUUGAUUAAUAAAACUAUAAUUGAACUUGAAACAGAAUUGAGCCGUCUUGGGAAGCCAGUUGCUAUGGAUGCUGGAGGAAAAUUAUACAUGAUUAUGGAGAUCUGUCGAAGUUUCGAUCAAAUAUUUAAAGAACAUCUUGAUGGCAUUCGGCCAGGCGGUGAUAAAGUGUAUAAUGUUUUUGAUAAUCAACUUCCAGCUGCUUUGAAAAGGUUACAGUUUGACAAGCAGCUUUCCAUGGAAAAUGUGAGAAAACUCAUAACCGAGGCUGAUGGUUAUCAACCUCAUUUAAUUGCUCCUGAACAAGGGUACCGCCGUCUCAUUGAAUCUACCUUAGUAACCAUCAAAGGCCCUGCAGAGGCAGCUGUUGAUGCGGUUCAUGCUAUACUAAAAGACCUGGUUCACAAGUCAAUCAAUGAAACAAUGGAGCUGAAGCAAUAUCCCUCUCUGAGAGUGGAGGUUUCAAAUGCUGCAAUUGAAUCCUUGGAUAAGAUGAAAUUAGAUAGCAAAAAAGCUACUCUUCAGCUAGUUGAAAUGGAGUGUAGCUACCUGACUGUUGAUUUCUUUAGGAAGCUUCCGCAGGAUGUCGAGAAGGGUGGAAAUCCAACACAUUCCAUCUUUGAUAGAUAUAACGAUUCAUAUCUUCGUCGCAUUGGUUCCAACGUGUUGUCAUAUGUCCAUAUGGUGCUUGGAAGUUUGAGGAACUCCAUCCCAAAGUCUGUUGUUUAUUGUCAAGUACGUGAGGCCAAGCGUGGCUUACUUGACCAUUUCUUCGCUGAAUUGGGAAAAAAGGAGGCAAAGCAGUUGGGUAAAUUGUUAGACGAGGAUCCGGCAAUAAUGCAGCGGCGUAUCUCUCUGGCCAAGAGGUUGGAACUGUACAGAGGCGCCCAAGCAGAGAUUGAUACCGUUGCCUGGUCUAAGUAGUUGGAGAAACUAUAUUCUUUGUUGUGGCCUUUUUUUUUUUUCUCUCUUCUCAUCUCCGACACAUAAAUCUAAGGUAGGUUCAUCUGAUUAAGUCCUCUGUAAUCAAAUUCCGUAUUUGAUUGUGUGACUUUAUAACUUUGAUGGAAAUUUGUAUUGUAUGUGUAUAUGGCCUCAUCCAAAGACCUCA